CCAGCGACUGCAGCACGGCCGGCUCCCUCCUGGUCCCCGCCUCGGACCCGGGGUUCUAGUGGCUCCGGGGCGCCCUUUCUGCGUUGCAGUCUACUUCCUCCCCAGCCCCAGCCACUGCCCCCGGGGACCCUGGCUCGCCCGCGCCCAGCAGGGAGCCUGCUGGGAAGCACGAUGGGGGCCCCUUCCGCCCUCCCUCUGCUCCUGCUCUUCGCCCGCUGCUGGGCGCCCGGUGAGGCCAACCUCUCCCAGGACGGCUACUGGCAGGAGCAGGAUUUGGAGCUGGGAACUCUGGCUCCACUCGACGAGGCCAUCAGCUCCACAGGCUGGAGCAGUCCUGACAUGCUGGUCAGUCAAGACAGUCAGCCCUGGACAUCUGAUGAGACAGUGGUGGCUGGUGGCACCGUGGUGCUCAAGUGCCAAGUGAAAGACCAUGAGGACUCAUCCCUGCAGUGGUCUAACCCUGCUCAGCAGACUCUUUACUUUGGGGAAAAGAGAGCCCUUCGAGAUAAUCGGAUUCAGCUGGUUAAAUCCACACCCCAUGAGCUCAGCAUCAGCAUCAGCAACGUGGCCCUGGCGGAUGAGGGCGAGUACACCUGCUCCAUCUUCACUAUGCCAGUGAGAACUGCCAAGUCCCUCAUCACUGUGCUAGGAAUCCCACAGAAGCCCAUAAUCACUGGCUACAAGUCAUCAUUACGGGAAAAGGAGACAGCCACUCUAAACUGUCAGUCUUCUGGGAGCAAACCUGCAGCUCAUCUCACCUGGCGAAAGGGUGAGCAAGAACUUCAUGGAGAACCAACCCGAAUACAGGAAGAUCCCAAUGGUAAAACCUUCACUGUGAGCAGCUCAGUGACAUUCCAGGUUACCCGGGAGGACGAUGGGGCAGACAUCAUAUGCUCUGUGAACCAUGAAUCUCUAAAUGGAGCUGACAGAUCCACCUCUCAACGCAUUGAAGUUUUAUACACACCAACGGCGAAGAUUAGACCAGAUCCUCUACAUCCCCGCGAGGGCCAGAAGCUGUUGCUACACUGUGAGGGUCGUGGCAAUCCCGUCCCCCAGCAGUACCUAUGGGAGAAGGAGGGCAGUGUACCACCCCUGAAAAUAACCCAGGAGAGCGCCCUGAUCUUCCCCUUCCUCAACAAGAGUGACAGCGGCACUUACGGCUGCACGGCCACCAGCAACAUGGGCAGCUACAAGGCUUACUAUACUCUCAAUGUGAACGACCCCAGUCCAGUGCCCUCGUCUUCCAGCACAUACCACGCCAUCAUUGGUGGGAUUGUGGCUUUCAUUGUCUUUCUGCUGCUCAUCCUGCUCAUCUUCCUCGGCCACUACCUGAUUCGGCACAAAGGAACCUACCUGACACAUGAGGCUAAAGGCUCUGACGAUGCCCCAGAUGCGGACACAGCCAUCAUCAACGCAGAAGGCGGGCAGUCAGGCGGGGACGACAAGAAGGAAUAUUUCAUCUAGGGUGUCCACCAACUUCCUGUACCCCUCCAGGGGCCCCAUGGGAACUUCUCGGGCCAUAAGCAACUUGGACUUGUACAGAGCAACCCCAGGGCCACACCUCCCGCUUGCUCCCCAGUUCUCCCCCAACCCCUUGUACAGAAUGUCUGCUUUGGGUGCAGUUUUGUACUCGGUUUGGAAUGGGGAGGG